AUGGAUUUCUCUUUUCGCCGUCAUGAACUGUACUGGUUCGAGCGCCGGGAAUUUCUUGAAGCCCUCGGAUACCGCCUGCGACCUAAGUUUCACCCAGACUAUAUACCGAAUGCUGGAUGGGAAGCCGUUCGUGAAUAUGGAGCCUCUUAUUUGAAACUUCGUAUCAUGGAUGCGCGUCGCAUAUCGGACGAUAAGCCGGUUAUGCUCAAGGCAGUAGUCGCCAGUAAACAUCCUCAUGAGGUCGAGAUUGCCACACUGUUCUCCUCGCCCGCCCUUGCCGGUCAUCCAAGAAAUCACUGCAUUCCUAUUCUAGAGACGCUGCAAGACCCAGAAGACGCUGGCUUGCAAAUACUGGUUAUGCCUCGACUCAUCCGCUUUUUAAGGCCCGACUUCGACACUGUAGGGGAGGUUAUCGACUGCUUUCGACAAUUAUUCGAAGGAUUCGAAUUUAUGCAUGAACAUUUCGUCGCUCAUCGCGACUGCAGCUUUCUCAAUGUUGUCCAAGACCCAACACGUUUAUUCCCUUCCGGGUAUCAUCCGGUCAUCACCUGGCAAGACCCCACAGCGCGUCGGGACGCGCAUCAUAUCACUCGGACGGAGUGCUGGCCACAGUACUUUGUUAUCGACUUUGGGCUCUCUAGACAAUACGAUCCAGCGGAAGGGCCACCACUUGAAUACGUCAUCGUCGGAGGAGAUAAGUCGCCUCCAGAGUAUAGAACCCAUCAGUUGUGCAAUCCGUUCCCAACGGACAUCUACUGUUUGGGCAACCUCCUCAAGAAAUAUUUCCUUUACUCCGACAAACAAAAAUAUAAGGGUACAAUUCGUCCAUCGUUUAGUUUUCUGGAGCCUCUCGUCACUGAAAUGACGCUGCCCGAUCCUUCAAUGCGACCCACCAUUGGGGAGGUCUGUGAGAGGUUCGACGAACUAUGCAAAGGUCUAACUUGGUGGCAACUACGUCAGCCAGGCCAACGACAUCAUUUCGGUCCUUUUCAGCGCAUCCGGCAGCUGUGGAGGACAGCAUUCUUUGUCCCUCCCAUUCCUCCUUACACUCCUCGGAGCGAUCGACCCCAAUUGAGUAAAGAAAUGCGCGACUUCUACACUCAAAUACCGCUGGACAAGGGCGAUUAUCUUUGGCCAACACCGAAACCCAGUCGUGUCAGAGACUAG